AUGCCUCCGGACACCCGGGGCGCAGGGCCCCGCCACCGCGCCAAGAGACGGGCCUCCACCUCCACCUCCACCUCCACCUCCGCGCGCCCAGCCCCUGUGCGACGCCUGGGCCCCGCUCUCCCCCGGAGAAUAAAAACACUGAAACUUGCUCUAUUACAUGUCGCUGCAGGAGUGCUGGUUUUGUCAUGGUACCCACCUGGCCUAGCAGACGACAACGGGGAACCAUCAGACAGCCUUGUGCCAUUUAUACUGGAUGCUGCACACAGAUAUGCCAUAAAGGUUGCCUUCCAUAUCCAGCCAUACAAAGGGCGUGAUGAUCACACCGUGCACGAAAACAUCAAAUACAUCACGGACAAAUAUGGAUCACAUGCAGCUUUUUAUAAGUACAAGACCAGCACUGGCAGAAGUCUCCCACUGUUUUAUAUCUACGAUUCCUACUUGACACCAGCUGAAUCGUGGGCCAACCUUCUCACAUCAUCAGGCUCCCACUCUCUCCGCAAUACUGCUUAUGAUGCUGUGUUCAUAGCACUGCUGGUGGAGGAAGGACACAAGCACGAUAUCCUCUCUGCAGGGUAUGAUGGCAUGUACACAUACUUCGCAUCCAACGGCUUCUCUUUUGGCUCAUCCCACCAGAACUGGAAAGCGAUCAAAACUUUCUGUGACUCCAACAACCUGAUGUUCAUCCCCAGUGUUGGCCCAGGCUACAUUGACACUAGCAUCCGCCCUUGGAACAACCACAAUACUCGGAAUAGAGUCAACGGGAAGUACUAUGAAACAGCUCUGCAGGCUGCUCUCAUGGUCAGGCCAGAGAUAGUUUCCAUCACUUCUUUCAAUGAAUGGCAUGAAGGCACCCAGAUUGAGAAAGCUGUACCCAAGAAGACUCUGACACGCCUUUAUCUGGACUACCUUCCUCAUCAGCCUAGCAUGUAUUUGGAGCUGACCCGCAGGUGGGCAGAACACUUCAGCAAAGAGAAAGAGCAGUGGCUGAUGUGACUUCAGUAUUUGCCUUACUCGGAAAAAAGUCCCAUUGACAAAGCUGCAGCAGAGAGAAGCACUUAAGGAAAAAGCACUCAAGAAGCAGCCACAGGAGUGAAGUCUCUGUGCAGAGCAUUCAGCCUAUUCAGGCAGCUGUAGCAAACAGCAUUCUCCACAAGCACCCCUAGGAUUGCUUAAGCCCCAACUCCAAAAUCCCAGGAGGAAGCGUUAUAAGGAGCAGAGGAUCUCUAAGCAGCAGUCCAACCUAGCUCUCCUGCAGAUUUAGUACAGACAACCCUUUCACAGCUCUUCUGGAAUCUUCACAGGGCUGCUGGCUUGUGGGCCAGAGAUCUGGUCCAUUUUUCUUACAGUGUGUAUGUUCUGUGGCGUUCCACAUAGUUAGCCGGGUUCUAGCAUACUUUUUACCUGAUGCCCUUGGCCCACCAUCUGCAGUGAUCACAUAUUGCCUCACUCCACUAGCAGCUCUGACAAAGCAUUUCCCUAUAAGCUUAAUGGAAAAAAAGGUUCCUCUAAAUUGUCUACUAUAGAGGAAACUAAAUCAUGCAAUUACGUACCCUUUGCUUUAUGCAAGCUCUUUCAUAACCAAGGAGUUCUGCUUUGGGUGUUGUCCCUGUGACCCACUGUAUCCAAAUAAAGAUAAUUAGAGCUGGAAUGCUAGCGACUAUUUAACCUACUGUGUGUGUUGGACACCAAGGAAAUUCAAUGAUCUCUCCUAAAGGCUCUUACCUGAUUGCUUAGCGUUCCAUGUUUUGAAAAUUUAGAUCUGAAUUGUUUUAUCCUCUUAGCAACCAAGGAACAAAAACAUUUGCAAUAAAAAUGCAAUUGAAAAUACCAUUAAUUUGUGCUUUGAAAGAAAGUCAGCACACAGGAGUGCACAACCCCCUUUUGGGGUUUUUUUUAACAUGCAUAGGCCCUUCCAAAUUAGCCAUUAAAGUUAAUUUAUACUUGUCUGUAUCAAUAAAAUGAGAAGUGGCAGCUCUGUAUGCGAGACAAUGGUCUAUUCACAUGUGCCUAUGGUGUGUCAUAUGUGACGGAAAACAUCUAAAAAUAAGCAUUUAUAACAAAAAUAUGUUGCUUACCAGUUUUAAGAUUAAUAGCACCACAAACUUUACUGUUCCUUGAAGAAUAAAUACCAGAGGAAACUUUCAUCCUGUUCCCUAUUUACUUCAAUUUAGCACCGUUCCCAAAACAAGAUCAAGAGAGAAGAAAGUCCACAUAAGAAACUGAAGAUCAACACAUUAAGAGCUUGGCUUCUUUCUUCCACUAGAAAAAAGUUAGGCCUUCUAAUAGAUCUAAGCAACUCAUAUCUAGGUAGAGAACUGAAUUUUUUUCUUUUUUAAGCAUUUACAGUUUCAUCUUAACAGCAGGUUUGAUUGUAUUCGUAACAGAGAAAACUAGCCAGAGAACAAUGUACCUAC